AUGAGAGGCAGACUUCCAGAGACAAAACUCCAACAACAGCCACAACCACAACCACAGGCCACUGCCUGCAAACUCCCAGACUGGGACUUUGACCCCGUCACCUGGAGACAGUACCACGCCACAGACAUGCCCGACGAACCCACAGACGAGGAAUCUAUCAUCCAGGAGCACCUCUACGAUACAAGGGCCGACAUCCAAAUCUCCCUCUCCCAACCACUCAUCAAGAUCACGCCCUAUAACCCCGUACCCAACGAGUGUUUGGCCCUUUUGAGUGUCGCUCGUGUUGUUCAACGAGAGAUGCAGACUCUGCAAGAUACACUCUCAAGCUGCGGAAGACCACCAGACCAGCGAGAUGGCGACUACACUCCGGCACCAAACUGGGACUUGGCGUACUUGACGGACAUCAUCAACAGCUGGAACGAACCCGUGGCGCUCGAACCCGACUACUAUCUCUUGAAAUCGAUGUGUGUCUACGAGCUGGGCAUCUCGAUCCAAGUGUCUGUUCUCGGCCACGAGAAGGUUCAAAAGUACAUGAACAUGGCUCUCACACUGGCCCAGCGAGGGGAACGGAUCCUUAAGACAAAACUUGGACCAGGUGAUACAGCUGACAGGUUCUGGCGGUAUCAGACCAUGAUGAGUUACAUCUAUCACCAUCAGAUCGCUCACAUUCAGUCCUCCUCUUCACAGGCAGACAUGGUGAUCACUCUUUUCAAAAGGCAGCAAGAGUCGACCGGACUUCAAAAUCAGGAAUUGGAGGAUCAAGUGUGCGAUCUGGCGUCGCGAGCUUUGCGUUGUUUCCACCGAGGGAUGAGAUGGCACCCAAAUGUCAACAGCGUCACUGUUAUCAGCAACGAAGAACCAUUCAAGGACGGGCAGUGGAUCAAGAUGGCGAACCUGGCCGAUUCAUGUCUCCAGUUUACAGACAACUUUGCGACUCGUCAGACAUGGUACAGACACACCCUCAAGCUGCUUCAAGGCGCAUUGUACGAGAACCGCGCUCAGGCUGGCCGGUUUCUGGGACUGAUUGCCAAGACCCAUUUGGAGUAUGCACUCUGGAUCUAUGAGCAACGGGUGACACCGUUGGUUGUGGUGCCAGGGCCUUGCCCCAUGUUUCUGGAGAUGCAACACGCGUCCAUUGCUGGUAAGGUCAUCAAUACUUUACACAUGAUAUCGCUCACUUGUGCGGCUCCCCACCUCAUCCACCUUUACAUCCGCGAAGCAUCCCGUUGGAUCGAGCAGCUCAAAAUCAAGUUCCCGGAGGAACCUAUCGACCCCUCAUAUCUCUACACCUCAGAUUUCAUGGCCGCCAAGGAUCGAGCUAUUCAGGCCAUUACGCAGUAUCGUCAAACACCUUCAUUAGAUUGA